GGGCUUAAAAAGGUAUUUGUCUGUUUGGCUCCAGUCAUGGCCGGGAGCUCAGAGAAAAUACCCAUCGCGACAGCGGAACCAGAGGACCAGCAUCACUUCAUGCCUCCGGCCUACUCUGCCGUGGCGGUGAAACCGGCCUCCACCGGACGCCUGCUGAAGGCCGGGAUCGCCGUGCUGGUGACCGGAGCCGUUCUGCUGCUGCUGGGAGCCGCAGGCGCUUUCUACUUCUGGAACAACAACGAGAAACACGUCUACAAUGUCCACUACACUAUGAGCAUCAACGGCAAGGUGGAGAAGGGCUCCAUGGAGAUCGACCCCGCCAACAACAUGGAGACGUUCAGCACGGGCAGCGGCACCGACGAGGCUCUGGAGGUCCACGACUUCGAGAUAGGAAUUACAGGCAUCCGGUUUUCGGGGGGAGACAAGUGCUUCAUCAGGACCCAGGUUAAAGCUCAGCUCCCAGACGUGGAGCCUCUGAUCAAGGACCCGAUCACAUUUGAACUGGGCGACGAGGUGAUGCCAGCCAAAUUCGAGGACGAUCUGAUCCUGGUGGCAGCAGGACCGCCUCUGUCCGACUCCUCCUUCCUCAGCAGCAAGAUCAUGGACCUGUGUGAAGACCUGCCCAUCUUCUGGCUCCGUCCCACACACUCACCCGGCGGCCAGAGGAAGAGCAGAGCCGCUCCUCGCGAGCGCCGGCAGGCAGCUGUUCCGGUGGAGGACGAGGACGGGGAGGCGCAGUUCAACCCGGAGAACCCCUAUCAGCGAGGACUGGAGGGCGAGCAGGGCGCCCCGGACAUCGACCCCAUGCUGGACCACCAGGGCGUGUGCUGCAAUGAGUGUCGCCGCGGCUACACCCACUGUCAGAGGAUCUGCGAGCCGCUCGGCGGCCACCAGUCCUGGCCGUACCACUUCCGAAACUGCAGGGUGGCCUGCAGAGUUAUCAUGCCCUGCAAAUGGUGGGUGGCGCGCAUCAUGGGGCUGGUGUAAGAAAGCCACCAGUACUCGCCCGAGAUGCGGCAGAGCCCAGGAGGGAGGGACGGGGUUCAAAGGGAGGUGAGAUGAAGGGAAAAGUUAUUAAAAAAAAGAAGAAGAAAAGAAGGAGGGGGGGAGUUACUUAAUAACAUCUACUGUAGGUAGCUAAGUCUAAGCAGAUUUGUUCAAAAGCAACUUGCAUUAGUAGCUGUGUUUAUGAAUUCUAGAUGCAUAUAAAGCUGAUCUGACAUUGAAAGGCAAACGCAGUGGCGGCACAUCCUUUCAUGCUGUAAAAACACACACACACACACACACACACACACACACACACACACACUGCAGCUACUAAUCUGGGGUCUUCUGAGCUAGAGCGCAACAUGCUACCUAGAAAACAGAGAUGGUGACAUUACUUAAUGUAGACGCGUAGGAAAAGCUUGCAUUAAUAGAGCCUGUGAUUUACGUUGCCUAAAAUUCUGUACAUAAAUAUCUACAAAGGACUCCAGAAGAAGUCGGUGGAUUUGCAGAACCGUACAUCCGGAGGUUUCCGAUGUUGAAUAAGAGAAACUUAGAUGCAUUUUAUUAGGAUUUUAUGAUUUUAUGUGAUAACUCAGCAUGAACAGGGUACAUGGGCAGAGUUGGAGGGAAAGGUUAAAUACAGGAUGGUGGAAGAAAACCUGUCUUUGGGCAGACCGCCCCUUUCUAAAGCCGCCCUGCGUCACUGCCCAUAUGAAAUCCUUCCACUGGAAGCCAGAGCUGCAUAUGGAAGGAUUUGCUUUAGAAAUCUAAAACAAGCUGAAGUUCAAUCGGUUUUAAUCACAAACAAUAAAAACAGAGGUGAUAUUUGAUUGGCUAUAUCCUUCCAGGUGGCUCUGAUAUAGCAAUAAAAGAUUAAAAGGGAUCAACCUUUUCUACAUCUUGGUGACCAAAAUGCUAACAAUCAGGAAGAGAAGUCAUUUAUGGCUCCAUCGUAAUCAAAGCAGUCAUUACAAUGUCACAGUUUCUCACUAUUGGUCAGAUUCACAGAUGCACUUUCAAGCCAGAACGCCCAA